GCAAAACAAAAAGGGUGGGUGUGAGUGACUACAAAACUUGGGAGGAGUUGUAAAAAGUUCAUUGGGACUCUUGAAAAUUUUCAAUCUGCUCAUCAAGUAAAGCAAAAACUUACCAUAAAAUGCAGAAAUUGAAGCUGAUACGAUCACUCUAUCGUUCUGUAUAUCGCAGAUCUUCAGCUUUCUCAGUUUCUACCGCCGCAGCUGCCGCCGUCAACCACCACUUCCAUCGGGACCUUCAUUUUUCAGCUUCUCCUAGAACCCCUUUUCGUGAAUUGCGACAUCCUUUGACAAAGGCAAUAGGAAGCACACGUUCUUUUAGUGAGGAUGUGACCGACAUGCCUGACAUAGAAGAUUUGGAGAUCAAACGAGCUUUUAAGGACUUGAUGGCUGCAAGCUGGGAUGAGCUCCCAAAUGCAGUUGUUGGUGAUGCAGAGAAUGCAUUGACAAAAAGUACUGAUGACAAAGCUGGUCAGGAAGCCUUGAUUAAUGUUUUCCGUGCAGCAGAGGCAGUGGAGGAGUUCACAGGAAUUCUCACAUCUCUGAAAAUGGAGAUGGAUGACGCGAUUGGUUUAAGUGGUGAGAAUGUGAAGCCUAUGUCAAAAGAAUUCUCUGAAGCAUUCCAAACAAUACUUCAACGUUACAACACUUACUUAAGUGCUUUUGGGUUAGAAGAGGUAUACUUGAAGAAGAAAGUGGAGAUGGAACUAGGGACAAAGAUGAUACACUUGAAAAUGAGAUGCAGUGGCCUUGAUUCCGAAUGGGGAAAGGGCAUUAAAGUGGCAGAGGGAGAGGAGAGGACACUCUGAGUAAUUUAAGAAAGUCAAAUAAUUCUUCUAAAUUUGUGGUCAAGUUACAGUACUUGGGACUUCAGGACUGGCUGGUUCCUAUGUUGAGCAAAGAGCAUAAGCCUUCAAUGAUGGCUGAAAAGUCAGAAGUGUUUUCGCCUUCAAGUCACUUACGUAACAUUUUCCUGGAAAAAGAAAAGGAAGUUUUAGAUAAUACAGGAUGAUAUUGAUGUGAUCCGUUAAAUUGCACUCUUCUUUCGCAAGUUUUAUAAUGUGAUAGCAGCAAUAUGUAGUUGAUACUAAUCCUAAUAACUUCUUCAAGGAGACAGUUUCCUGAGUAUUCAGAAUGAGAGUGUUUUAUGUCAAUUGAUUCCGGUUUACUGAUGAAUUUGGCGCUGUGAUUUAAUUUUUCUUGAUUGAUUAUUGGA